GGGACGCCGGCCCUCGCAGUCCCCGCCGCGCUCCUGGCCGCUCGGACCAUGGCUCCGUCUCAGGCGCCUGGCCGGGACCGUGCGGGCCGCGAAGAGGAGGAAGGCUGGGAGGCGCUGGGAGGCCGCAAGGCCCGGAAGCCAUUGGUGGAGAAGAAGCGGCGCGCACGGAUCAACGAGAGCCUGCAGGAGCUGCGGCUGCUGCUGGCGGGCACCGAGGUGGGCCCCGGGUUAGCCCUGAGGGGAGGUCUGGGCAGAGCCCACUCACAGUGCCGUCGCCCUCUCCACCCACCCUGGGGCGCAGAGCGGGAGCAGCUGCAGGCGGAGGCCAGCGAGCGCUUCGCGGCCGGCUACAUCCGGUGCAUGCACGAGGUGCACACGUUCGUGUCCACGUGCCAGGCCAUCGACGCCACGGUCUCGGCUGAGCUCUUGAACCACCUGCUGGAGUCCAUGCCCCUGCGCGACGGCAGCGGCUUCCGGGACCUGCUGGGGGACGCCACAGCCGCGCCGCCGGGAGCCGCCGGGAGCCGUGGCUGGCCCGCGGGAGGGGUCCCGGGAUCCCCCCUGUCCAGUCCCCCACGUCCCGGGGACGACCUGUACUCUGACCUAGAGGAGGUCUCUGAGGCUGAACUAAGCCGGGCACCUGCGGAGGGGCUGGACUGGGGGCCCACGGCCUUGGGCGGCCUGACUGCAGCACGAAUGGCCCAGAGUGUGUGGAGGCCUUGGUGAUCUUCCUACCACCCAGAGGUGGGCCUGGCCUUUAAGCUUCCCCUGGGGUUCAGACGUGGUGGAGUAGGCCCCAACAUAUGUCCCAAGUCUGCCCUGCCCCCUGCUCCAGUGGAUGUCCACCCCUGUCAGGACCCUGGCCCUGUUCCUUCAGGGAAUCCCUUCAGGGGACUCUACAG